CUUCCCCAUCUCACCACACCACGGACGCUCUUUAUACCAACAAAUUUGACCAGCAUCACGAGCAACACGACAGCAUAGAUGGCCGAUGCCGAAGGUGGUCACUCUUCGGGAGAGUACGGUGAUGCUGUCGUCGAGACCGCUAUACUAGCAAACCCUAAGGACUUAGCAGUUGUUGACUCGUCUGGCAAGCGCGCUCAAGCUAAAAGGCGGGAGAAAAGAGAGAAGAAGGAGAAAGAGGCAAGGGAGAAAGAACAGAGGGAGGAAAGUAAAUGACGGCAGCGGAGAUAGGAAUUCGAGCCGAAUACCCGGGGGUCUACACCUGUCUAGUCAUCUAUCAACCACGCUUCCUGACCGCUCCUUCACUCGUUUGAUGCGCCAACGGAUUUAUUCGACACCUCCAUGGAUUCUUCAGACGUCCCCGGCAGCCGCUCCUUCGCCAAAUAAACGUUUGAGCUCACCAUCAUACCUCUUCUUAUCCGCGAGCUUCUUCUGAACAAUCUCGUCCGAGUUUCUACACCAAAAGUCCGAUAAAGCCUUCUCGAUGUCAACGGGCAGAGACCCGGAGGGACAUAAGUGCAGCUCCAACAGAACAUACAUAGCGUCUACGGAAGAUAAGCAAUGCCAGAACCACACUCCUCUUGACUCCCACAUAUCUUGCAUGACCGUCGAUAUUGGAACAUUAUGCUCUACUAUGGCCAUGCGCUCCUCCUCUUUCAAAAUAUACAUAAAC